CCGCUCGCGCCGGUGGCGGCCCCGCCCCCGCUCGCGUUGGAGCCGCGCAACGGCGAGAUUGCAGCGGGACCAUGGCUGCGCUGAGGGACUGCAAGGCCUGGCAGGAUGCUGGACUUGCCCUGUCCACGACCAGCAAUGAAGCCUGUAAGCUCUUCGAUGCUGUGCUGACACAGUAUGCAACUUGGACCAAUAAUGAGAGCCUUGGGGGUAUUGAAGGAUGUCUCUCCAAGCUAAAAGCAGCAGAUCCAAACUUUAUGAUGGGACAUGUCAUUGCCAAUGGUUUAGAGCUGAUUGGCACUGGAAGGACCGUGAGGCUCGACAAGGAGCUGGACAGCGCCGUGAGAGCCAUGGUGGCGCUUUCCAAGUCACAGCCGCUGACAGAGCGGGAGAGGCUUCAUGUGUCAGCGUUGGACAUGUUUGCCAGGGGCCAGCUUCCAAAAGCUUGUGAUCUAUGGGAGCAGAUUCUGCAGAGCCACCCAACUGACCUCCUAGCCCUCAAAUUUUCCCAUGACACUUAUUUCUACCUGGGAUAUCAACGUCAGAUGCGAGAUUCUGUUGCCCGUGUUUAUCCUUUCUGGACACGUGAUGUUCCACUGAGCAGCUAUGUGAAAGGCUACUACUCUUUCGGACUCGUGGAAACAAACCUUUUUGACCGUGCUGAGAAGGUUGCCCAUGAGGCUUUGGCUAUAAAUCAGACAGAUGCAUGGUCUGUCCAUACUAUAGCUCAUGUAAAUGAAAUGAAAGCAGAGGUGGACAAAGGCUUAAAAUUCAUGAAGGAAAUGGAAAAGAACUGGAAGAGCAGUGAUAUGCUUGCUUGCCAUAAUUACUGGCACUGGGCUUUAUACUACAUUGAAAAGGGGGAAUAUGAAGCUGCUUUGACAAUUUAUGACAAGCAUAUUGCUCCCCUGUGCCUGGCAAGUGGAAGCAUCCUGGAUAUAGUUGAUAACAGUUCAAUGCUGUACAGGCUUCAUCUGGAAGGUGUAAAGCUUGGGGACAGGUGGAAUGAUCUGCUUGGGGUUACAAAGAAGCACACCAAGGAUCACAUUCUUCUGUUCAAUGAUGUGCACUUCUUGAUGUCUUUCCUUGGAGCCAAAGACCACAAAACUACUGAGGAGCUUUUAACAACUCUGGAGGAGCUUGCCAGAGCACCUCAUGAAGACCACCAGCUUUCCCUGGCUCCUCGUUUGGGGCUGCCACUGUGCCAGGCUUUUGUAGAGUUUGAAAAUGGGAAUUGUGACAAAGCUGUAGACCUGCUGUACCCAAUCCGUUAUGAACUAGUCCAACUGGGAGGCAGUGAUGCUCAGAGAGAUGUUUUCAGCCUGUUACUGAUUCAUGCUGCUUUAAAUUCUAAAUCAAAGGCCAAACGAAACCUUGCAAGGUGUCUCCUGCAUGAACGUGAUAUGAUGAGACCCAAGUCACCAAUGACUGAGCAACUGAUCAGGAAGGCAGCAGCUGUGCAUUCCAUGGCAUAGGGCUUUCCUCCAGCUUCAGCUGGAAGAGCCUGGAACUUUCCACAAAACCUGGGUGCAGGGAGUGCAGGGGUGCUGUGAAGGAAUUCGGGGAGGUACUCAAGGUUAAAAGAUCUGAGAAUAAUUUCCUUUAAAAAAAGGCAGAGCUGUUGCAUUUCUGGAGGUUGUGUCUUAGAUAGUUCCACAAGGAAAGAAGAAAACUUGCUGAUAAUGCAAGAAAAACUUGCUGAUAAAGCUUUCUGGAGCAUCCCAAAGGCACUGCUGCUCUGGUAUGUUUUCCUGAACAUUCCCUCUGACCCUGAUUAUACACAGCGCAGUAAAAGUGCCUGGAUUUCAGUCCUUCUUUGGCCCAGUUUGUUACUUGGCCUACACAUGAAGUAAACUGCUCAGGUAAUUCAGAGGGAACUUUUAAAUAAAGCUUAUAGGAAGGUGUAAGGCCAGAGCCAAUACAGGCAUGAACUGAAUUCCAUUUUGAGCUUCCAGCCUGUUCAGGCAGGAGUCACAGAUCUGUCUGCAUGCAGGAUCUCUUUUCAGGUGUACAUUUUUAAAGUCUGUCUCAUGAAAUGUUAAAUUUUUCCUCUCAAUAUAGUACAUCAGAGCUUUCUGGCAUUACUGGGUAAAUUAAACCAGACAAGAACCAGACAAGAAUAAUGACUGUUCUGACAUGGGUGCUCCCUUAGCACUUUUAGAUCUUUCAGAAAAAGGGAAAAGCCUGGAUUUCAGCUGAACAGUACCAUUUCUGAAGGGUUGUUGGACUGGGUUUUUGUGCUUCUCUGAGCUUUUGUAUAGUCAGGCCUUACUAGCAUCUCACUCCAGAGAAGCCCUGCAUGUUGGCAAAGUGGGGUUUAAACCAGGGUUAAAGCACACCCUAUGGAGAGGUGAAGACCAGGAGGGAGCUUCUGUCAUGGGAAAGAGGGCUCAAGGGGACGGACACAGCUCGGUCCCAGCACAUGUGAUGGGAUGAACUUCAGUGCUGCAAGUCAGGCACGAUGUUAGCCACAGGCUUCGAGGGAGCUCUGGUGCCCUCUGGAUUCCUGCAGCAUCCCAGAGCUAACACAUUGUCUUGCAAAAGUAUUCCAGAAAUCCCUAAUGACAGGGAAGAUUGUAUUUCAGACCAAAACUGAACUUAUGCCUCCUCUUCUGGAAUAGAAGUGCCACACUCUGCAACUGCCUAAGCUCUGGCUUUGCUUCCACGUCUGCAAGCUCUCCUGGCCUCACAGGCCUGCCCCUCCUUCCUGUCCAGCUCAGGCUCUUCCCUAUGUCCCACAGCAGCCUUGUCCUACAGUUUCCUUUUGACUUAAGAAAGCACUUCCAUAGCUGGCCCUGCACUGCCCCUGGAGUUCCUGCACUGUGGAACAAGACUUGGAAGUGCUUUGCUGAUAUUUUGCUUUACCCAAUCCUCCCCUGAUGCAGAAAGAGCUUAUUUUUAAAGGAAGAAUAAUAAAACCACUUAAGGGAUUGCGUUCCUUGCCCUCAGGUCUUCUGAUUUAUGAGCGUGCUGUUCUUCAGCAGACAGCUUGUCUGUUCAUGGUGGGGGCAUGACUCAGCUGAGACACAUUACACUGGAUUUUUACUAUUAUCUUUAAUAAGUGCACUUCAAGCAAUGACUUCAGACAGAUAACGUUUUACUCGAGGAAUGUAACAAACUGUAUAAGGGAACAAAAGCCUGAGAAAGCUCUGCCUGGCUAUGCAGGGUGUAAUCAAUGUAAUCAAUGACAGCUCUGCUUCUGAUAGAACAUGAUUGAGAAUUUUGUCCGCUUUACCUUAAUAAAUUCAAAGAUGAUCUUGGUUGA